AUGAAGAGAAAGAGACCAGCUAUACCAGACAGCGAAGAUGAAUCCACAUUCAUCAAUAAUAGCGACUACAGCGCUCUGAAUAACGGCCAUUCACCUGGGCCAAGCGUGGCUGCACCAGGUUUGAAAUCAGAAGGUGAUGACACGUUCAUGACAGCUGAAUACAAUCAAUCUGACAAUACUAACAUGGUUUUUGAACAUAGCGACAUAAUAACCGAUGGACCUAAGAUUCAGAUUGAAAGAAUUCCUGAAGAAAUUGAGAAUGGUCUUGUUGAUGACGCGUCUGAACCUUCCAACUCAGACCCUGAAACAGACCCUUCAACCCACAUGGCAUCCAUAGUGAAUGUCCAGGAGCCUGCGGAUGUCUCAGCAGUACUGAAACAAGAAGAAAAGACCUCCUUCAUUGCUAGCAGCCCAAAUCACCCACCGCCAGUAAUAUUGCCUAUAAUUUCCCCAACAAAAAAGACGAGAGAGUCUCUUAUAGUAAACUCAGCAAUUAAACUGGAGCCCCGAUUAGUGAUUGACAAGCUUCGUCUCACAAACUUUAAGUCAUAUGCAGGAGAACAAAUUAUUGGUCCGUUUCAUUCGUCCUUUUCAGCUGUGGUUGGCCCUAAUGGUAGUGGUAAAUCCAAUGUUAUCGAUUCUAUGCUUUUCGUAUUCGGCUUCCGAGCUCUGAAAAUGAGACAGGGGAAGCUUUCGGAGUUGAUACAUAAUUCAGAAGGUUUCAAACCAGAUUUUUGUCAAGUUGACAUUUACUUCCAUUUAGUUCUAGAUGACCCAAUUGAUCCUCAAAAAUCAGAAAUUGUACCCAAUUCAGAAUUAAUUGUUUCGAGAAAAGCAUUCCGCAAUAAUCUGUCACUGUAUUACAUAAACGGAAGAACAAGUAAUUACACCGAUGUCACCACAUUAUUAAAAGAGAAAGGAAUCGAUUUAGAUCAUAAGAGAUUCUUGAUUUUGCAAGGUGAAGUUGAAUCGAUUGCUCAAAUGAAACCAAAAGCUGAAGGUAACAAUGAUGAUGGAUUGUUGGAAUAUCUUGAAGAUAUUAUCGGAACCACCAAGUACAAGAAGUUGAUUGAGGAUAGUAUGUUACGAAUUGAUGAAUUGAAUGACGUUUGUAUGGAGAAAGCCAAUAGAUUCGAUUUAGUGGAAAAGGAUAAAGAACAACUUGAAAGUAAAAAGACCGAAGCACUUCGAUUUUUGGAAUUGGAAAAGAAAUUAACUCAUGCUAAAAGUAUUCAGUUUCAAGUGAAUAUUUUCCACCAUAAUAAGAAGAUUGAACAUCGUCAAAAGGAAUUUGAUGAGUUAAACCAAGAAUUAGAACAAGGUAGAGAAGCCAACAAGGAACUUCUUCAAGGAAUAGAGAAAGAAGUUGAUCAACAAAAGAAAAUUGAAAAAGAGAUAAAGAUUUUAACCGGUCAAAUUGAUGAAUUGGUGAAACAUCGUAAAGAAAUAACCAAACGUAACGUUUCCAAUGAAGAAAAAGUAAAAAAUUUAAACAACAAGUUAAAGAAAAUCCAAAAAUCCUUAGAAACACUGAAACAUACCUUGAAUAGUUCAAAUCAAAAACUUUCCAAUUAUGCAGAUGCUCAAGCACAAUUCAAAUCUGAAACUGAGAAAUUGAAUAAUCAAUUAAUAGAAGAAGAUGCUAAGUUGCAGGAAAUUAGACAAAGUUUGACUGAAAAAACGUCUGAAUUCACUAAGGAGAUUGAAGCAUUGCAAACCAAGUUAGAACCAUGGAAGAACCAAUUAAAGGAAAAAGAUAACGCAAUUCAAUUAGCACAAUCAAAUAUUGAAAUUCUUCGAACUCAAAUGACUAGUACAACAAAGCAACUUGAUGAAGCCAAAGAGAAACUUUUAACAAUCAAGAAAGAAGGUAAAGAAAAGGAAAAUGAAUAUCGAGAAAAUGAAGAAAAGUUGGAAAAGAUUAAAGAACAAAUUGCUCUUGGUGAAGAACAAUGCAAGGUAGAAAGAAACCAAGUAGAAAACAUGAAGUCCCAAUUAAGUUCAUUCAGACAUAAAGUACAAGAAUCAUCUAGUAUUGUCCUGACUAAUCAAAACAAAAACAAGGUUUUAACCGCUUUACUUCGUCUUGCAAAGUCAGGAAGAAUCGAUGGGUUUUAUGGAAGAUUAGGUGAUCUUGGGUUAAUCGAUGAGAAGUAUGAUAUUGCUAUCUCAACAGCUGGUGGACCAGCAUUGGAUUCUAUGGUUGUGGAAACAGUAGAAACUGCUCAAAGUUGUAUCGAAUAUUUGAGAAAGAACAACUUGGGAUAUGCCAACUUUAUAUGUUUGAACAAGUUACGUUCUUUCAAUCUUGCUCCUAUACAAACUCCCGGGGAUCCUGCUAAAGUUAAAAGAUUGUUCGAUUUGAUUCAACCUACUAGUUCCAAGUUUGCUCCAGCAUUUUAUAGCAAGCUUUAUAAUACAUUGGUUGCUCCUGAUUUAGCUGAAGCUAAACGAGUAGCAUAUGGUCCAAAGAGAUACAAGGUUGUAACAUUGGAUGGUAAGGUUGUUGAUAUUUCUGGUGCUAUGACAGGUGGUGGUAAUUAUCCAUCGAAAGGAGGAAUGAGAUUAACUAAUUCCCGUGGAGGUACUGAAUCUAUGGUUUCUGAAAAGGACCUUGAAGAAAUGAAGAUUAGAUUGAAUGAAAUGGAAAAUAAAUUUGAAAUGGCAAGUGCUGCAUUUGAAGAAAAGAAUUCCAUGUUGAGGAAAUUAAAGGAUUUAAAACCGGAAACCGAGUUUGCAAUAAGUAGACUAAGACUUGAUAUUGAAUCUCUUGCAUCUGAAAAGAAGGAGAUUACCCAAGUCUGUAAGAACUUAAUUGCCGAACAACAAAAUAUGGAAGAAAGCAACCCCUUUGAACAACAAAUUAAGGAAAAAGAGCAAGAGGUUGAGAAAUUAACCAUUGAACGUAGUGAGCUCAAAUCGGAAAUGAAGGUCUAUGAAAUGCAGAUUUCUACUUUUGAACAAAAGAUUAUGGAUGCUGGUGGUGUUGAAUUGAAGAUGCAAAGCUCCAAGGUUGAUUCUCUCAAGAAUCAAAUUUCUAUUAUUCACGAGAAAACUUCAGGUGAUAGAAUGACAGUUAAGAAAUUAGAGAAUGAUAUCAAGAGACAUACCAAGAUUAUUGAAACGGCCACCAAGGAACAAGAACAAGCUCAAGCUGAUUUGAAUUUAAUACAAGCUUCUCAAGGUGAUGUUGAUUCUGAACUACAAGAGAUAAAUGGGAGAAUCAAGCAAUUGGAGACGGAAAGGGGUGAUCGUGAAGAUGAAUUGGAAACACUCAAGACCGAGCUUGAAACAAAACAGGAUGAAAUCAACAAGUUUAAGCUGGCUGAAAUUGAGCUUGAAAACAAGUUGGAGAAAGUCAACUCUCUGAUCAAAAAGCUACAUCAUUUGAUUGAACAAGACAAGGAAGAGCUUGAAGGUAUUAUUCCACGUGAUGCUCAGCCAUACUUGUAUUGGCUUGAAGAAGAAGAACAAGCUAAAUAUAAUGGAGGUAUAAUUGAGCAACUUUCUGAAGAAGAGAUUCGUGAUGUUGAUCUUGAGAAUGUGAAUGCUACAAUUGAAGAAUUGGAGGCAUAUAUGGCUAAUGUCAAGGUUGAUAUUGAAGUUUUGAAAGAAUAUGGGACAAAGAUUGUUGAAUACAAGGAAAGAAAGAAUGAUCUUAAUCAAGCUGUUGAGGAGAGAGAUGUAAGUAAAGAUUAUUGCGAGGAUAUGAAGCGGAAACGAUUAGAUGAAUUCAUGGUUGGAUUCAAUACAAUUUCAAUGACUUUGAAGGAUAUGUAUAGAAUGAUUACUAUGGGAGGUAAUGCCGAGCUUGAACUUGUUGAUAGUUUGGACCCAUUCUCGGAAGGUAUAUUGUUUAGUGUGAUGCCACCAAAGAAAUCCUGGAAGAACAUUUCCAAUUUAUCCGGGGGUGAAAAGACUUUAAGUUCAUUGGCAUUGGUUUUUGCCUUGCAUACAUACAAACCUACUCCAUUAUAUGUCAUGGAUGAAAUUGAUGCUGCUUUGGAUUUCAGAAAUGUGUCUAUUGUUGCCAAUUAUAUUAAGGAGAGAACCAAGAAUGCACAAUUUGUGGUUAUUUCAUUAAGAAACAAUAUGUUUGAAUUGGCUCAACAAUUGGUGGGUAUUUACAAAGUUAAUAACAAGACCAAGAGUAUAGCGUUGGGUAAUAUUGAUAUUUCCAAUUUCAGUUUUGGAAAAGUGUCAAGUUGA